CUCGAAUGUCUUCUUUGUUCUUGCUCUCGCAACUGUGCAAGCAGCCUCUCAUGGCGGUCUUGCUUUCAUCCUCGCUCGUACCCUAUCAAUUCACCAUUGCCGCACCGUCAUGAGCCUUUCUGCUCGUCGGCAGUCUGCCCUCAAUUCCCUCUCGCGUGCCUACAGCUUUGCAUCGCCCUCGUUUUGACCGUCCACUUCGUUUCGUCUGCCUCUUGUCUUUCGCGCCCGCCGUACCGCGCCCCUCUGGAGUUAUCGGAACAGCGUUCUUCUGUCGUCACUCGUUUGAGUCUCUCCCAUGACGCACCUUUUGCGAACAUUAUUCCCUCCAUUACUACCCCUCGUCCCUCGUUGUUAUCAUGCAGUCCUUCGAUGGCCGCCCGACCGAAUGGAGCGAGGAAGAGAAACUGAAUCUUGCGCUCUACAUAUUCCAGCAAAGAGAGCGGAGAUCCGGCUCUAGAUCCUCCGCGGCGCAGGUACUUUUCGAACAUCUGGGUUCAUACCAGCCUGACUGGGACGACUUGCCCCUCCCCGGAGGUCUGCACAUCGCCUUGUUGUUGCUGUUGUGACGCUUCAGCUCACAGAACGUCUCUAGGUCGUACGGUCGGACAGGCCAGAGCGGUCUUCACGUCAUACUCUCGGCAAAGUUCAGGUCCAAGUACGGUCCACUCAGCAGGGCCUUCUCCUGGCAGCUAUGGUUACUCACUGAUGGGAGCAAGCACUGGUGGCGUAACCUCAAGGAAACGUUCAGCUCCUUCAGACGCUCUUACACCACAGCUAGGACGACCUCUGGCACCGAAACAACCAUCUGCAUUCGGCUCGGAGUCGACCGUCAAGUCCUCAAUUACGGGAUAUCCUUCAAUCUCACCCAUGGUCGAACCUCCGCCCAGAUUGGACGAACCGCGUAAGAAACGCGGCCGACCGACAAAACAAGAGGCGGAAGAAAGGAGACGAAAGAUGGAGGCACGGCAACAGUUACGCCUUCAAGCUCAGGUUCAGGUUCAACCCAGUCAAGCAGCAGAGACGGCACAGCAUUCCAGAGCCUACGGCGCACAGUUCGGUUCUCCAGCACAACCACUACCAGCUGCAGCGGCCUCUCAAAUCCCUCGCGAAGGCACACCAACGGUAUCAAUUGCACCUCAGCCUUCAGCACUCUCUCAGACUCCUCGUGGCCAAUCUAUGGAGGAACAUAAUUCCAGCGGGUCUAGCGGAAAGAAAAGAAGGGCGAGAGCCCCGCGUCCGUCAGUCUCUGAAACGGAGCCGCCUCCUCCACCGUUCUAUCCAAUGCCACCGAACCCACCAGACUCUACCCGCGAUUCACCGCCUCGCGCCGGCUCUCAUCUUGGAGGCCGUCCACCGCAUCCGUCCAGAAGCUCUGCAUUCACUACCAGUAUUUCGUCCAUAGAGCCGGAUUUACCGGCCUAUGAUCCUGGUGAGGAGUAUCGGCCUGCAAACCCACGUUCACGACCAUGGGAAGUCCGAGACCGACCAGGCAUGUCGUGAAAAAAGGAUGCUGCUCUUAAGAUCAGUCUCGGAGAGCCCUAGGCCCAUCAUGAAUCAUACGUCUAAUGAACGUUUUCUGCAAAUCUCUUUCAUUUGCUGUUCUUCGGGUAUUAGAUGGUCGCUUGGUUCGUUCAGCAAUCAUUUGCAUCCCGGCGGCCUGAUGUGUUUAUUUCCAGACAGAAACGGCUGAAAUGUGUCCCCUAUGUCCAACCAACAUCUUCAAUAUAAUGUUUACUACACGUCUACGAGGACAUUAUGAACGUGCUCGAGCAAAGUAGACUUAUGUGGUUUAUGACGGUGCGUCUUAAUAUGUAUCAUUAUUCACGGCCGAAAAUAUUUUACACGAUGAACUUUAUGUACAGCAAGAUCAUAUAUUUGAAGAGCUCAACCCAUCAAUUAUCCUG